AUGUGUGUGCGCCUCCGCAGCGGCUGCAGUACGCAGAGCUCAAGGAGAGCUUCAGCACAGUGAAGAGCUUUCCUGUGGGCACCACCGUAUCCUAUGUCUGCCGGCCCGGAUACAUGGCAAUCCCCGGAAAAUCGUCAGCUCGUACGUGUGGUGAGGACUUGCAAUGGUCACCCGUAGAGCAGUUCUGUACAGAGAGAAAAUGUAAUCAUCCAGGAGACUUAGAACAUGGUUUUAUUAAUGUGACAGAUCUUACAUUUGGUUCAAAAGCUACUUUUUCUUGUGAAAAAGGAUUCAGAUUGCGUGGAACUGAUGAAAUUUCCUGUGUAAUAAAGAAUAAAGGUGUUGACUGGGAUCGAGAUCUUCCCCUGUGUGAAAGAAUUCCCUGUGCACCACCUCCGAGCAUCGCCAAUGGCCGCUACACCGAAGCCGCCAACUACGUCUAUGAAACGCCAGUGACCUACAGCUGUAAUGAGGUGCCGAAAGGCGCCGACCCCUUCUCGCUCAUUGGCCCUGCUACGAUUUUCUGCGAAUACAAUACAGAAUCAAAUGGAGUUUGGAGUCAGCCACUUCCACAAUGUAAAGUGGUCAAAUGUGAUAACCCGAAAGUUAAAAGUGGAAGAAAAACAGCUGGAUUUGGACCUUCCUAUAGCUAUAGGGACUCAGUCAUGUUUGAGUGUGAUCCAGGCUAUUUCAUGAUCGGACCGGAGGUAAUUACUUGUGGAGAAAAUAGCACCUGGUUUCCUCCAAAACCAACUUGUGAAAAAAUUACAGAAGUUUUAUGUGGUGCCCCGAAGAUCACACAUGGAGUAGUGAUUCCAGCAAAAUCCGUAUAUGGAGAAGGAGAGUCUGUUCAGAUAAAGUGCAAUGCUCACUGCAUUUUUCCCGAUGGCGCUGAAGAGCUGACAGUCACUUGUCGAGGGCAAAAUAUGUGGAGUUCUGUACAAAACUGUACAUGUGGGCCUGUAAGUUCUGGUUUCACUCCAGACAUACAUCAUGGUAGAGUAAUUGAUGGGCAAAAACCUUCAUAUUCCAUCGGGGAUUUUAUUACGAUUGAAUGUUAUGCAGGGUACACAUUGCAUGGUGAAGCUCGUAUUCAGUAUAUUGGAGAAAACCAAUGGGUUCCUGGAGUGCCAACUUGCCAGUUAAGUGGGCUUAUUACGGCCAUCAUCUGUGUGAUUGUGGCCGUCGUGGUGUUCCUGGCAGCCUUCUGGAUCUAUAAGAAAUUCUUUUCACAUAAUGGGAAACGUGACAGCACUCCAUAUACUGCCGAAUAUAAGAUCUGUAAAGCAUGA